ACCGCCGAUUGACGGGGGCGGAUCAAACAAAUCGGGAAAGUCGCGUUGCAGAUAACUUACAGUCUCGGAUACGCACACCAGUCGUUACGUUGCAAUCGCGGCGAGGACCCGGGGAGUCAAACACCUUCAAAAUGCGCGACGCCGCCGUCCUCUCGUCUCUUCUCCUGGCCUCGGCCACCACCGCCCUCGCAUCCGCCGCCAGCCGCCUCGAGUGCCUCCACACGCGCAGUCGGGACCUCGCAGCCGCCGCGUCGUGCGGCCACGAGGCUUCUCUGAACGACUGCUUCUCGAACCUCCCCGUCACCCCGGAGCCGGACCUCCUCUCUUCGGCGCUCGAGAGCUGCUUCGUCAACGCAGGCUGCACGGCCGCCGAAUCCCGGAUCGAAGCCCUCCACGUCCUCGAGCAAUGCGACAAGCAGCUGGCCGACCUCCGCCACCGCCGCCGUCGCCAUGACGGCCCGGUGGCCCCUGCCGCCGCCGCCGCCGCCGCCGCCGCCAGGGAGCCUCUCCUCGAGGACCGCGCCGCCGAGCCUCUGCCCGCGGGGAUCACGGCCAUGAACCUCCCGCGCGAAACGUACGCCGCCAUGGCGGCCAGGCAAGACGACGCCACGACCACCGUCGGCACCGAAUCCCCGAGCUCUCCCUCCCCCUGCUUCACCGACGUCACCAGCCACACCACCACCUGCACGAUCAAGACCGACGGCCCCUCGGGCAAGGAGAUGUCCUGCUACGCCACCGCCAUCGCCACCCCGAGGUGCCGCGACGGGCUCAUCUGCACGUCGGACGCGCGCGGCAACCCGUCGUGCAUGUACAAGCACUCGCGCCUCGAGACGGACGGCAUCAUCAUCGCCAUCGUCUUCGCGAGCGUCAUCGUCAUCUCCGUCGUCUCCAUCUGCUUCCUCUGCUGCCGCGAGCGCGCCGAGCACCGCCGCCUCGAGCGCGCCGCCGAGGCCGCCCGCAUCGCGAAGGAGGCCAAGACGCAGGCCACCGUCGCCGCCAAGCGACCCGGCCCGUCCGUCACCGGCCCCGUGUCGGGCGCCGCCGUCGAGGGCCAGCCGCUCAUGUACCAGACCGGAGGCGCCGCCCCGUCGUCCCCAGGCGCCCAUCAGCAGCAGUUCCCCCAGCAGCAGUAUGCCGCUGGCAACCCCUUCACCGAUGCUGGCCCCGACGGGCACCCUCUCAGGUGAGCGGUGGCGUGCGAAAAGAAGGCAAAGGAGGAAGCCGCGGGCCGUCAGCCGAGCGUCACGUAGCGAAAUCAUGUUGUACUUCAGCAGUUUUCUGGUUGGGUGAGGCGCUGCCUUAAUCGCUCUCGUGACGCUUUGCUGGCGAAGGUAGGAAGAAUUCUGGGGCACGGUCUGAAGCUCGUCGUGUCGGAGAAGCUUUAUCUGUUGAGUUUCUUGUCUGGUAAUUGUAACUUGCUUGGGCGAGCGGCGACCCUUGCCUUAUGUUAGGGUAUCUCCGGGAUUGUGAUGGUCGAGCCCGUGCCCUCGACAGUGCUGGCAAUUUUGAUCUAGGAAAAACAAUAUGCGUGGUCGCAAUCAGGGGCAGGGACGAGAAAGGAGUUGUUUGAUCGAACCGUCACGG